AUGUUGCGAGCCAGUGUACGCCUCAAAAAAGGGGCGUCAGCGUCUGAGCCAGGGCGGCGCGGUAGAAGAGCGGCGGCGCCUGUCACCUGUCAGCGGCCCUGGGUCUCCAGUUCCCGGGCGGCACCGGUGGCAGCGGCAGCGGCGCAGCCACCACGCGGGCCGGGCGCUCUGUCCUCUGACCGCGGCGCACGUCGUCUCCUCGCCUGGGCGUGGGAGGCGGUCGUCCCACCGCUGGCUGCCUUGGCAGGCCACGGGGAGGCGGAGGAUUGUCUUGCCCGGUGGCCUCAGCCGGGUCGGCCCAGCGCGCCCGAGACUCGCUUGGCCGGUGGGGCCGGGAGCCGCGAGACCCGCACCGCCCGAAAGGAUCCAGGACUCAGCCCUCCGCGGGACGGUGAAGAAGCUGAGACAAGAGGAACAGCCUUUCCUCCUCAGGCCACCAAGCAGGCCACCGGAGGCAAGAGAAGCCCUGGGGAGAUGAAGUUCAGCUGCCUCUCCUUCCGGCAGCCCUAUGCAGGUUUUGUCUUAAAUGGGGUCAAGACCCUGGAGACGCGUUGGCGUCCCCUGCUGAGCAGCCACCGCAACUGUACCAUCGCCAUCCACAUUGCUCACAGGGACUGGGAAGAUGCCGCCUGGAGGGAGCUGCUGGUGGAGAGGCUGGGGCGGACCCCCGCUCAGAUUCAGGCCUUGCUCUGGGAAGGGGAAAAGUAUGGCCGUGGAGUAAUUGCUGGCAAGUGACGCGGUGCCGAGCACUGCUCAGACACCUCCCAGGGCUGCCCCCAGGAUCUUGCUCAGGAGUUUUGUGGCUUGUUUUCUUUUGAACUGCUGGGUGUGUGGGCUGUGUGGUUUCUUUAAACAACACACGUUCAGAGGGGCUGCAAGGGGCCCUGGCCUGGGGGUCGGUGGGCUGAGGUUCCACGACCUGGGGUGAAGUGCUUCUCCGUUUGGGACUCAGUUCCCGUGUGUGAUCUGAGAGGCAGGGACGGGUCCGAAUCUGCGUGUGGUGUUUGCCCGUG